CCCUUUCCCCAGGACAGAAAGUGGGUGCCUGGCUUAAAAGGCAAACACGAAAAGCCCACCCGGUGACUUCCCUGAUGUGCCGUAAGGAAGAGAUCUGAACAGGACAAUGUAUGGGCAAUUUCUCAAUUCCACCAGCGUGACUGACCCUCACCUCCUCAUGCAGACCAACACGCCCUACGUCGGGAGCACCCAGAGACCCGUCAGCUCGUCGGCUCUUUACAUGUCGACCGCCCGGGCGUUAAAAGAAGGCGAGAUCAAUAAGCCGGAUCUGGUGACUUACAUCAUCCUGUUCUUCUUCCUGCUCCUGGCGGUGACCAUCAUUGUACUUUUCAUUAACUGCCAGCUGAAGAAUUCUUUUUUCGCCACUCUACCUUACGACAGGUCGCUGAGAGAAGCGAGGAGCCCGUGGAAAACGCAAGCUGUUUAAUCCUCAGACUUAAGGGGGG